AACAAUUCAAGAAACAGCGCCAUCGAAACUCCAACAACGUUCAAAUAAAUUCUUUGUAAAAAAGAAAAAUCUUUUAUCUAGUGUUUGAAGAUGUCAGGUCGUGGAAAGGGAGGGAAGGGAUUGGGAAAGGGAGGAGCGAAGAGGCACAGAAAGGUGCUUCGUGAUAACAUUCAGGGAAUCACGAAACCCGCCAUUCGCCGUUUGGCUCGCAGGGGAGGCGUCAAGAGAAUCAGUGGCCUCAUCUAUGAGGAGACGCGUGGCGUCCUCAAGAUCUUCUUGGAGAACGUCAUUCGCGAUGCCGUUACCUACACCGAGCAUGCUCGCCGCAAAACUGUUACUGCCAUGGAUGUUGUUUAUGCCCUCAAGAGGCAGGGAAGGACUCUCUACGGUUUCGGUGGUUGAUUCGUUCUAGGGUUUAGUAUUUGCUCCUGUUUGUAAAUGUUUUAUGGAUUAUUGAGCUCGAUGAGGUGUAGUUUGGAUCUAGAGGAAAUGGAACUGAUUACUUCUCUUGUUUUGGAAGUUGAUGUUAUUAUUCUAUAUGAAAUAUUAACGUGGAGAAUUUAGCAA